AUGGUUAGCUUAAAAUAGAUACAACUUGGAUAGCCAUCUAAAUUAUCUGAUUUAGCAAUAUAAAAAAUAAUAAUAAAUUAAUAAGAAUAAAAAUAAGAAAACUAAAAAAUUCAAUAUUAUCCAAAAAACAUGGAAGAAUUACUUAUAAAUUUAUUUUUAGCAAUUAAAAUUAUUUAUAUCCAAAUGAUUGCAUUAUUCGAAACUUGCAUUAUGAUAAUAAAGAGCCUUUAUGAUUGUAAAAAAUAAUAAUUUAUUAUAGCAUUUUGUGAAAUUCAAAAAAAAAAUGGCAUCUAUUAUUUUUUUGAACUUAUGAAAAAUAUAACUCUUAUCAUUUUGUGCUUUAAUAUUAGAAUACUAUAAUUUAUCACUAAAAUAUUUUAAUAGCUCCAACAGAAUCCAGUUAAAUAACAAUGA